AUGGACCCUUCAAAGCAGAAGCGACCGCCUCUCCCCCGUUUGUCUACCAGCCUUUCAACAGAGCGGCUGUCUUCCACUUCUCUCCCACUGCACCGGAAGCGAGCCUCAGAAGCCAACGCGCAUCCAAGAUUCGAGCGGCCCGUGGCCGUGCCAUCUCAUCACUGUCGAGGUGAGAACCUGAUACCUGCAGUGGCAGCUCCCUAUUCCCCAGAGACGAAGCCUUUCUGGGCCGCAGACGAGAUGGAAUCAGUCGCUGGGUCCAGGGCGUCCAGGAACAAAACGAAAUACUACGAGGAUGCAUUCAACACACGCGGGAUUUACAACAGUGCCCAGGAUCGCGUCGCUCAAGAUUCGAUUGUCAUUGCCGAGCUGAAAACCAAUUACAAGGUCUGUUUGCAUGAUUUCCCUCAAUAUGCUUGUUCCGCUAACACCAAAACGCAGCCAAAAGACGAGGAGCAGAAGCUUGCGGCCGACCUGCUUUUUCACUUAGCUCAAAUCUACGAACGCCCCGAGUCGUCGAUCAUGGUAACCCUGCAACAAGACUGUGGUAUCUUCUUUGGGAAUACCAAUGAGCCGUCGUAUCUGCUGAAGAUCUAUACCCUUCCCUCGUUCAUUGCCCCAGUCACCAACAUCCGCCACACUGCUCUGAUCCAGACUGCCAUGUUGGACUUGUUGCACAUACCAGCCAAUCAAGGCGUCGUCAUCUUCAUCCCAGUCCCAGAAGAUAACUUGGCAACAAAUGGCUCCACCGCGCGGAGCGAGAUCUCCCGGCUGGAGAGGAAUGAACGUAGCCACUCCCCCGGUAUCUUCAAAUCCCUCUCUCGGAGCAUGUCCCGCCGUCUGAAGUCGAGCAGCGGAUACAGUGCGCCAACCUCGCAGCCCUCAGCAGUCGCAUCACCCCAGUCUGCCCGAACAGAAACCAUGCCCCUACCUCAUAUUGUGGGGGAGACCGGUGAGUCCAGCAAAGCGGAAAAGUCGAGCAAAAGAAAGGACAAAAAUCAGUCCCUCCAGAAGCGAGACUCCGUUACAAGCUUUAUGCGUCGCCAAGUGGGUGAGCUAAUGGAUAGCAAAAUCAAGGAAAGGGAGGGGGCCAAAAAGAAGAAGGAAAAGGAAGAGGCACCACAACCGGAGAAGACCACUGGAAGGAAGGAUCCGAAGAAGGAUACAAAGAAGGAUGCGAAGAAGGAUGCGAAGAAGGAUGCGAAGAAGAACGCGGAGACGAAACCUGGCAACCAAGGAACUGCCUAG